GACAGGUAGCCCGCAUUAUUCUCUGUCGCAAGAAGGGUUCCCGACAUCUGGGAUGGAUUUGUUUAAUUUGAGGUCGCUUGUCAUUUUGCUGUCAGCUGUUGGAUGCUGCAACGGGCAGAGCGUACUGCCAGCCGGCCCCUUGGAGGGAGUACAGGGAAAGAACGUCACGUUCAAAACCAUUAUCAUCCCCACAGAUGUAGGCAACUUUAUCACAGUAUCUUGGAAUUUCAACGGUGGUAGUGGAGUUGUACCUGUUGUCACUUCUGCGCCCAAAGGAGAGACAGUUGGCGCUGGUUACGCAGGAAGAGUAUCACUGAAUUCAUCCACCGGCGUAUUAAACCUGGGAUCCUUGACGGCAAAGGAUGGCGGAGACUAUGCAGUGACUAUGGUCACUAAUGCUGCAGUACAGCGCACAGGUGCAACGUUGCUCAGAGUUCUAGGACCGGUCUCCGACGUGACCAUCACAUCCAACCUGAACGAAGCGGUCGAGUUCAACAGCACUGUGGUCUUGACCUGUUCGGCCAAAGGCUCCUCCCUCACGUACAAGUGGCUCAACGGCACCACCCCGCUGGUCACCGACGGGAAGCAUGUGACCUUGAGUGCAAACUCCACAGUGCUGACCGUGGCUGGAGUGUUCAGGAAGGAUCUGGUCGGACCCAUCUACUGCACGGCCUUCAACAAUCUAGAGAGCGAGAACAGUGCCCCCUUCAACCUCACUGUCACCUAUGGGCCAGAAAACAUCGCCAUGACAGUCACCCCCACCGAUGAGGUCCAAAAGAAGGGUUCCAACAUUACAUUGACCUGCUCAGCCCAGUCUAGCCCUGCGGCUGUGCUUCAGUGGAUCCACAAUGGAGUCCCGCUCAAUGUGAUGAGCCCCAAGCUGGUACUGGACAACAUUGCCGUGGCACAGAGUGGAAACUACUCCUGCAUGGCCAGCAACGCCAAAACCUUGCGAUACCUGGAAUCCACAACAGCCAAGUUCACUGUAGUAGAGGCCAUAUCCGGCGCUAAGAUCACAGGCCCCAAUGGAACGCUUGUUGCAGGUAACAGCACGGCCAACCUGAGCUGCCAGGCAACCGCCGGCACCGCCGACGCCCGAGUGUGGCUGAAGAAUGGCGCGGCCCUGUCUCCUAGCAACAGGGUCGUGUUCUCGGCAGACAAGAGCUCGGUCACGAUCAAGCCAGUGCAGAAGGAGGACAGUGGGGAGUACCAGUGCAAGCUGACCAAUGCUGUGAGCACAGACUCUGCCAGCCUCAAGAUAGUGAUCAGCUUUGGUCCUGAGACUGUGUCCGUGAAGGGGUUAAGUUCCGUAAAGGUGACAGAGCCUGUCAUACUGAAGUGUGCCGCGGUCUCUCUCCCUGCUGCCACCUACACCUGGAAGUUCAAUGGGACGCUGACCGGCGUGAUGACAGCCGAGUACAUCAUCGAAGCCGCUGUGGACACGAACAGUGGAAUUUACACCUGUGAAGCCAGCAACGCCGUCACCGGGCUGAGCACCUCCAUUGCCCACAAGCUGUCCGUCAAAGAGGAGGGAACACUGGAUGAUGGUCUGACUCCCGGGCAGAUCGCUGGGAUCGUCAUCGGCGUGCUUAUCGCCCUAGUGCUCAUCAUCGUAGGAGUCCGCUACAUGAGACGGAAAAAACCACCGAUCGAGUCGCCAUACUAGAAGAGAGCCCCGAGGAAAGCUGGAGCUAUCAGCCCAAAGAUUCAGCCAAUUAUUCCCCUCAAGAUCCAUCUCUGCAGUCGGGAAGACCAAUCAGGUGGAAACCUCCCCCAGGUCGGUCCAGCGAUACAAACUUUUCAUCACAAAGCCCACAUAACCACAGGGGUCACAACAUCCCUCUCUAGGAGCUGGUCAUCUCCUUUGAAAAUGGUGGUGUGUCUGGGACUCUGGGUCCUUGUGCUUGGAUUGGACCGGAAAGCUCCAACGCAUCUAUUCCGUCUAACAUCUCUCUGUCUGUAUGGACUUAUUUUCCUUCACACACCUUCCCUCCUCUCCAUCCAGCCCAUUGGCUAAGGUGAGCAGCUUCCACCACUCCCUGGGAUGCUGACCUCCUUCGCAAAACAGAGGAAUGUCAUCGCUUACAUCAAUUUCUCCACAUAUUCCUUAGGAAAUUAAAUGCAUAGACUUGAGCGAUGGUGAUGCCCUGUCCGUAACGAAUGAUCCUUUCAGCUUUGAGAAACUGGAGGAGGAUUUAGUGGGGGCAAUAUAAUGUAGAAGAUUGUAAGGCUUAGUCACUUGGUCACUCCUCACUGAUCACAACAUCAAGGCGAAUGGGCAAAUAUCGUCUGAAACUUUCAAACACCUGACGGACACAGGUUCAUAAAUCUGACGUUACCACCACCGUGUCUCUGCUUGAUCCAAAGGGCAGCUUUUUUUUCCUUUUCUUUUUUUACAUCUGCAAGAUCUGCUCGUAAGAGCUUCAUGUCAAAACAGCAAAGACAAGAUUCAACACGCAGCAAAUGUUAGGGGGAGAAAGAAAAAAAGGUAAGAAUGUUUUUGUGGGCAAAGACGUUCUUUGGUUUUGGAGGGAAAAUGUGUGUGAGUCAGGGCUGUACUAAUGAGUUUCGUUAUUUGUUGUAUUCCACUUUUCAAAUGGAUCCAUCGUUGAAAUUUGAAUAUUCCUUGUAUUAUUUUGGCUUUUGUAGUAUAAUCCCCCAAAAAUACAAAAAGUAUGUUUUUAGGACCAUAAAUUAACAACUGCCAUUUUAUGUUAACUGUAACACAACCCCUUUUUACCUACUUCUUAGCUUUGUGAAAAAUGACAUCCCUUGUUUUCAGUCACUAGUAUUUAUUUUUUUGAAACCUUAGUUGAAUACAUUGAGCUGAUGCUGUGUUUUGUUUUAUCCAAUGAAUGAUAAUGAGUAGUUUGACAGCACACAUGGUUGUGUGACUGGGCGUCACACACACCUUCAGUUAGAACACACAGUACUAUGGGUUGAGUCCAUUAUCUGUUGUGUUUUCUCCCACACUUUAAAGUCAAUGGGGGGGGGGGGGGGUUUAAUGGCAUGAACAGUACAAGGUUGUUACUCUUGUAGGCCUGGUAAUGUUAAUGCCACUUGACCGCGGAACGGGUUUAUUUUGUGGUUCGACCUACUCUGUUAAACCAUGCAAUUAUAUACAGCAUUCAGUCUAAUGAAACAGAAAGACACACACAUAAAGACAGAUACACAGACACCAGAACUUGAACACAGUAACCAAAUAGAUCCAUUGGUCUAACCACUGCAUUUGAUAUAGUCAUAUGGCUCAUUUAGUUCAUUAGUAGAUUUACGGAGUACAAAUGAGAUUGUUGCGUUUUUGUCUAGUUGGUUUAAUUCUUGAAGAUGACCAGGGAGAAAUCGACAACUUUACCUGAACAGUUUUUUUUUUACUGUUAAAGGGAUAGACCAGCUCAAAUGAAAAAUGGCACAUCAUUAAACUGCUCCCUUUGUAAAUAUGAUUUACUUCAUGUAAAUGUGAACUGUAAUGAACAUUGUAUUUUUUAGGCUUGACAUUCUGUCAUCUAUUUGGGGUUUCUUGCUCAAUCUUAAUUUGAAUAUUUCAAAAUGUCAUACAUUUUCUCAGGUUGUUUACAAUAAUGCGUAUUAUUCUUUAACGACUGAACUGCCUAUAUUCAUGAAUCAUUUUCUCUUUGUAUAGACACGCCUCUGAGAUGUUUGUUUUAGUUUAUUUAUUCUUCUGUUGCUACUGCCAUUUGCUUUUGUUACAGUCUGGUUUAUUUCCAAAUUGAACUUUACUUCCUGUGUCUAGCUAGCCAACCCCAGUCUCUCUCUCUCUCUCUCUCGCUCUCGCUCUCCCCCCCCCCCCCCCCCCCCCCCCGCGCUCUCUAUCUCUCCUAUUUGUUCCUGGGAUUUGGAAUGACACAACAUAAAGGCGGACCAACGGUUCAUUUUUUAAAUCCUCUUUACUGGUGAGAUAAUCAAGAGGAUUUCUCUGUGUGUGUGUGUGUGUGUGUGUGUGUGUGUGUGUGUGUGUGUGUGUGUGUGUGUGUGUGUGUGUGUGUGUGUGUGUGUGUGUGUGUGUAUGCAAUGGUGUUCUCCUCUCCUGCCCCACCAGUCUCCCUGUUUCUUCACAGGUAUACCUCAGAAAGAAAGAAAGAAUGUAAAGACCUGCUUUAACAACACAGAGACAAGGAAUCCCUGUGGUGGGCAGGUUGUGUGCUCAGGGUGGGAAACCGACACCCUGAGCACAGGGGUGGGUUAAUUAAAGCAUCCAUAUUUUAUCCGAACCACAUUUACAUUUGAACUGGAUUAGAAACCACACAUUUACAUUUGACCUGGAUUUGAUCCUCUUGUAAACACAUUCAUAUAAAAUGAGCUAACCUGUCUGAAUUAGGUCUACUGUUGAGUGCAGUUAGAAUGGGAAUAUGAAUGCGCAGAUGAACAAACACUACAAGGUGCAGGAGGUGCUUGGUAGUGACCAGGCUAUCAAGUUCAUUUUCCUUGAGUCAACAAUGGCUUUUUUUUUCUUUUUUUUUACUGUUGGUCUGGUUGGGUGUUAAAACAAUGGGACAAUUGUGUAACACUGUACUUGAAUGUAAAAGAAAACUCAAUAAAAUGUACGUGUA